GAUCGUUCAUAAACCCUACGCCCUCGUUCUCCUACAAUUGCAACCAUUCUUAGACGGCGAUGGCGGAUUCUUCAAAGGACCAGAAAGCGCGCGUUUACCAUCCCUACCAAGACCUCGACGUUCCCAUCCAGAAGCUCUACAAUCUCCCCACCUCACCGGAGCUCCUCUUCCACGAAGAAGCUACCAGGACUCAUCGUUCCUGGGGCGACAACCUCCAGUACUACACCGGCUCCGGCUACCUCUCCGGCGCCAUAAUCGGUGCCGCUAAGGGCACCGUUCAAGGCCUCAGGGAUGCGGAGUCCGGCGACUCGCUCAAGCUCCGACUGAACCGAGUCCUGAACUCGGGGGGUCAGGCGGGUCGAAGAGUGGGGAACUCGCUGGGCGUGUUGGGCCUGAUUUUCGCGGGCCUGGAGAGCGGGAUGAUCCACUUCAGGGGCAGGGAUGACUUGGUCAACAGCGCCGUCGCCGGACUGGGCACCGGAGCGCUCUACCGAGCCGCCGCGGGGCCCCGAUCGGCUGCUAUUGCCGGUGCCAUCGGCGGAAUCGCGGCGGCCGCGGCUGUUGCCGGAAAGCAAGCUUUGAAAAGAUAUGUGCCCAUAUAACUAACAAUUGUAUUAACCAGAAUCGACGGGGAAUAGGGAUGAUCAUACAAAUUAGAUUAAAUUAAAUGUCUUCCUUUCUUUCUGUUAUUUUCUUUUUGUUGCUGUUAAUUUCAUAUUGCAGUUGUGAUUUGUAAACCCUCUAUUCAUGUAUUUUAGUUAGCCCAUACAUGUCCAUCAUCUCAUCCUUCUUCCUUCUUGGGAAGGUUGGGCAAGUUAACUCGUGCCAUUGGCCCAAGGUUUCGUGAUCGUGAGCUUAUCAUCUUACUGGUCCAAGGUUUCGUGGUUAAUUUAUAAAUGAAAUUCCUCUUUCUUCGUUGAGGUUUUCAUGUACAUAGAAUAGAGGAUCAUUCUAAGGAGAGUAAGCAUUAUCUAAACCACUAACCAUAGAGUGAGCAUUAUUUAUAGUAUAUUACUAUUCAAUUUCCUAACAUUGCUCCGAAUUUCCAUUCUAACCGAACUAUAGUAAAUUGAGUAUUGCUUGUGUAAGUUGUAAGUCAAACAUCACAGGAAGUGAUUUAUUUCAAAUCCCCUCCUUUAUUGAAUGGAGAUUCUUA